AUGGCCUCUGUCACUUCUCUUGACAAGGACCUGCGCAAUUUGCGACUGUCGCGCUAUACGCCGCAGGCAGCCGCCGAGGUCCGCGACUGGAUUGAAGAAGUGCUCCAGGAGAGGCUGCCGUCGGGUGAUUUGCUCGAUACCUUGAAAGAUGGUGUAGCUCUCUGCAAGCUCGUCAAUAUGGCCGUCUCGCCCGGUGUGAAGUACAAGUCAUCCUCUAUGCCCUUUGUGCAGAUGGAGAAUAUCUCUCAUUUCCUGCGAGCAUGCCAGAUGGCUCCCUUGAGUCUCCCCCCACACGACGUCUUCCUCACCGUCGAUCUCUACGAAUCUAAAGAUCCCGCUCAAGUGCUCCAGUGCCUAGCAGCCUUUAGCCGUCGCGCAAAUGCCCUCGCCCCUCACAAAUUCCCCCGGACCGUUGGGCCACAGAGCAAACGUGGCCUAAUCAGCCCCAACGCUACUGGCGCAUCGUCUUCCAGCGCCUACACUCGCAAUGGUCGCGCAUCAAGUAAUGCCAGUGAUGGGAAUCCUUACACAGCAAGCCCCUCACGAGGAGGAACCUCUCUCAGCUCCUGGAGUAAGCGGGAUGAUGAAAAAUCCACUGCGCCCGCAUGGAACAUUCAUCAAUACGGGUACAUGGGCGGGGCGAGUCAAGGCAAUCAGGGUGUUGCCUUUGGUGCGCGACGACAAAUCACAACUCCAGCGCCGGCUGUACCAAGCCUGGCUGAGAAGGAGAAGCGCAGAAAGGAGGAAGAAGAGAGGAUGCGCCUGGAGCAGGCUGAAAGAGAGGAGGCGGAUCGCCGACGCCAACGAGAACAAGAGGAGGAAGAGGCCCGGGCUCGCGCAGAAGAGGCACGCCGCUGGGAGGCGGAAACGGCGCGGCUGAGAGAAAAGGAACGUCAGGAGAUGGAAAAGGAGAAGAGGCGAUGGGACGAGGAGCAACGGCAAUGGGAAGAGGAGGAGCAGCGCCGUCUGGCCGAAGAGAGAGCGGCGGAGGAGCGUCUCGAGCAGGAGCGGCAACGCCGACGCAGCGCCAAUGAUGCUCGCCUGAAUGGCCAAUUCCUGAGCCAAUACCAGACCAGCCAAUCUCACGGAGACAGCACACGCAGUGGGGCUGCAAGCCCCGAGGAGACUCCUGAGAGUCGACGCAUCAAGGAGCUCGAGCGCGAGCUGGCACUGGCCAAAGAGCGAGAGCAGCAGUACCAGAGUGGGCGACAGGGCUCGCAAUCUCCCAACAAGGCUGAGACACAACAGCCCGCUCAAGCUCGACAACGGCCAGUCCCCGUCCCGCCCAAGCCGUCCUAUACCCUGUCCUCGUUGGAGCAAGAACGACGCAUGCUCCGUGGAGAAUGGCAGAAGAGCCAGGAUCUCUCAAGUACAACCGAAAGUUCAGAUCGUCGAGGAGAAGCGCAGGCGCCAUCCAAACCCCGUCCCUUACCCGACCCUACUGCUUCUUCCAAGCCUGCAACGCCUCCUCGAGAUCUUCCCACGACUCCCCGUCCUUUGCCGGACCCGGCGUCGUAUGCGGCCAAUCGUGCCCACGACAAUCGGGUUGACCGAUUCCUCUCGUCGAACCCGGCCCCCCAAGCCGCUGCACCCGCGACGCACCGGCCACAGGAUUAUAGCACAACCUCUGAAGUCGACGCAGAGAACAAACGCCGCUUGGAAUCUCAGCAGAAGACUCGCGCCGGGGGCUGGGCGUCCAAGUCACUCUUGGAACGGGAGAUGGAGCGGGAGCGGGAGCGCCAGCGCGAAUGGGAAGAGAAUCAGAAACAAACCCAAGCAGCCGCACGAGAUCCCUCCAUGGGAUCCGGGCCGGGUCAGAGCUGGGAUGUUCAUCAGUAUGGCUAUAUGGGUGGAGAUAACCAGAACCGUGGUGGUACAGGGUUAGGAAUCGGUGGCGCCAGGCGUCAGAUCAUCGGUCCUCGUCCGCCACCAUAG